AUGAUUUUUAUUCUUCUAUACCUCGGUAAUCCAGUUCCAUCACUAUUCAUCUCCUCCUCUAGGAGUCAAGCCCAGGAGUGCAUAGUGGAGAAGGCAAUAUCAGACAAUCGCUCACCCACUAUUACAGCCAAGUUGGCGAAGAAUUUGGCCGAGUCCUAUGAACGCUGCUCUGCAAUGAUCAAUGCCCUUGAUGAGUCGGUGCCCCCAAAAUGUCGCAAGGACUGGUCAAGAGUGGCCUCUAUUAAAAAGUCCUACUACUGUAGUUUGGUAAAUUACUUCAUGGCUCUUGACAACGCCAAUGAGAUGAAAUUCGGCAUCACAGUUGCGCACUUCAAGUUGGCCCAGACGGAGAUCGAAGAGGCCUGGCGUGUGGCCAAAACCUUCACCGAUUCCAUUGAACCUCAAUUAGGACAGGGCAUGAUCGCUACCAUUCAAUGCGCUCGAGAACUUAUUGUUAAUGGGUAUAUUUUUCUUAUUUUAUUCGUUCUUGAUCAUUAG